CUAAAGCACCAGAAAGUGUUGUUUGUUGUCCUCUUCCGGAAAAUGGUAUAGAUCCAUGUUGAGGACGAAAAGGAUGGCCAACGCUGUGGUGGUGUUGGACAACGGGGCGCACACAGCGAAAGUGGGCCUGGCCAACCAGGAUGAGCCCCAGGUGGUGCCGAACUGCAUCAUGAAAGCAAAGAGCGAGCGGAGACGCGCUUUUGUAGGCAAUCAAAUAGAUGAAUGCCGGGACACAUCGGCGCUCUAUUACAUUCUGGCGUUCCAACGCGGCUACCUGCUCAACUGGCAAACUCAGAAAACGGUGUGGGAUUACAUAUUCAGCAAGGACGGCAUUGGUUGUUCGCUGGAGAACCGCAAUAUUGUCAUCACCGAGCCGCAGAUGAACUUCCAGAGCGUCCAGGAGGCAACGCUAGAGAUGCUGUUCGAGGAGUACAAGGUUGAUGGGGUAUACAAGACAACUGCUGCCGAUCUGGCUGCUUUUAACUAUGUGGCUGACAGCGAGGAGCGGACUACAAUGGAAUCGCUUAACUGCAUCAUCAUCGAUGUUGGCUACAGUUUCACCCACAUUGUUCCCUUUGUGCUGGGACGGCGCGUUCUCGAGGGCAUACGACGCAUCGACAUGGGCGGGAAGGCGCUGACCAACCACCUAAAGGAGCUAAUCUCUUAUCGCCACCUAAACGUCAUGGACGAGAGUCAUGUGGUUAACCAGAUCAAGGAGGAUGUCUGCUUUGUUGCGGAGGACUUCAAGCAGGCGAUGCAGGUGCAUUAUUCGGAGGAGAAGCGACGCGAAAUCACCGUUGAUUAUGUCCUUCCAGACUUCACCACCGUCAAACGGGGCUAUGUUCGUGUUCCCGGAAAGCCACGCGAGGAUGAGGAGCAGCAGCAAAUGGUGUCACUGUGCAAUGAACGCUUCACCGUGCCCGAGCUGCUCUUCAAUCCCUCGGACAUUGGUGUGCAACAGGUGGGCAUUCCGGAGGCGGUGGCCGAUUGUCUGAAGGCUUGCCCCUGGGAAGCGCACCGCGACCUCCUGCUCAAUAUCCUUAUUGUUGGCGGCAGUGCCCAGUUUCCCGGAUUUCUGCCGCGUCUAAAGCACGAUUUACGUGCCCUGGUGCCCGACGAUCUUGAAGUGUCGCUCAUCUGUCCCGAGGAUCCGUUGAGGUACGCGUGGUACGGCGGCAAGGAGGUGGCGACCAGCCCCAACUUUGAUGAGUUUGUUUACACGCAAGACGACUACGAGGAGUACGGUUUCCUGGGUAUAAAUCAGCGGUAAUAUACGCGUAGUUGAAGUAUUUUUUCAAUAAUAAACUUGAUUCGCAAAUGGGUUUUCUAGAACA